GGAACCAGCCGGGCCACUUCAGCCUCUCUGCCCUGUUUCCUCUACCCACUGGGCACGAGAGAGCGCAUCCUGCCAGGAAGGCCUGUCUGUCACUCGCACAUCAUCUUCUCACAGUUUUCAGCUUCUCAGGUCACUCAAGACUCUUCGCCACAAGCGUGUAAAACAUCUAUUUCAGACAGUAGAAAGGAGGUUAGCUUCGCCGUGAACAAAAACCCUUUACAUUUUAUAACGUACAGUUACAUUGUGCAAGUGAUAAAUAAUCCUCUGAGUGAAUUGACUGCAACAUAAAUGGCUCCAUCUUGUUGAAGUAGACACAAACAUUAUCUUGAUAAUAAAAAGUGCACAAAAUGUAAUUCACUGUACAUUCUCAUUUAUGACGGAUUUGACUAAAUACAAAUCCACAUGUUUUAAGCUGUAAACUAUACGGACGACUCUGCGAACACAUUUCCCAGCGAUGUUUUUCAAGUCCAGCUUAGAGGAGCUCCUGCGUGGUUACGCAACAGCUAGAGAAGCGACAUUAAAACCAAAUCUUAAUGGUUAUUUUAGUGUUUCCUCGGCCAUCAACAGCUGUGAGUGAAACAGAUAGACAACAGACAGACAGACAGAGAGAGAGAGAGAGAGAGAGAGAGAGAGAGUUGUGCAGCGGCAGUCUGGAAAACCUGUAAAAGGUCGCAGGGUCAACACUGAGAGAUAUAAGCCCAGAGUCCAUUAGUGGAUUAUAACCAUAACCACUCCAUGGCUACUGCAUCUCUCCUGGAUUAAAGUGAGAGAGUGUGAGGGAGAGUGUGAGGGAGAGUGAGUGCAUGAGGGCGACUGGACAGUGAGGUGACCAAAUUCAAAUGCUGAACGCUGCACUCUAUGCACAUGUGGACCGAGAAACGCAGAGGAACACGCUGAACUGAGCACUUUGGGUCGAUUCGAGGUGGUUCUGGCACACGUACGGUACAACACCUGGCUGAUAGAGUGAACGGACGGAGGAACCAUGGAUGUAGAUGUGGAGGGGAUUAUCCUGUGCAUUAAGGAGGGGGAUGAGACCGGUGUUCAGACUCACCUGCAGGAGUUCAACAAAGAGUACGCCCAGUGCUUCUUCUUCGACGCCGAUGAGAGGGACCGGAGGAAACAAAGAAAACUAGAAGAGUUCAGGAAUAAUAAAGUGAGGGACUACGCUGAUUCUGACUCUGAAUGUGAUGAGUAUGACCAGGAGGAUCGAGGCUUCAUCCUCAGACAGAAUUUAGCUGUUGUCCUCGUGAGGUUUAUUAGAACAGGAGUUAAAUGUCAUCUGCUGAGGGUGUGUUUACGCACCCUGAGGAUCCUGUCCAGGGACAAAAAGGUCUUGGGCCCCUUGGUGACCGACAACGCUCUGCUGACUCUGGCCAAACUAGCAGGGCUGACCACAACCGAUGCCAGCGAUGAAGCCCUCGACCCCGACUCUGAUUUCUACGACAACAUCAUCGCUUCCCUUGCCGAGGCCAAAGUCCUGCACUCCCGUGUCGAGGAGGAGGAAGGCGACGCAGAGGCCGAGGCCAACGACCAGAGCGAAGAGUGCUCGGCCAUAGACGAGGACGCCAAGAGUGAAGUCAGCAUCGUCAACAGCGGGGACGUGGACAGCGGCAGCUGGAUGGGGAGCCACAGGACCAGCAUCAACGAGAUGCACCAAGGCAGCAUCCAUCACAAGGUGCUGGAGCGAGGGAGGAAGGACCGCAGAGAGAGCAAAGUGGAGGGGACGGAGGAGGAGGAGGAUGGGGAGUCGGGAGAGGAGGCUCUGAGGAAAGAGGCCAUGAAGGUGUUGUGUAACGUGGUCUACAACAGCACCUGGGCACAGGAGAGGUUCAGUGCUCUCAGCCUCCUGAGUGGUCUCAUGGAGUGUCUGUCCACCAGCGUCAGCUCCUCAUCUCCCUCCAGUGUUCAGUUCUACGAACUACGCCUCAUGUUCCUCAUCACUGCUCUGCGGCCUGAGCUCAGAACUCAGCUCCAGCAGGAGGGCGGGCUGCCCGUCCUCACAGCGGCCCUGGAGAGCGGCCUGGAGGUGCAGUGGAAGGAGCAGUACGAGUGUGUGCUGCAGCCGGCGGCAAAUCCAAUCUCCCUGGAAGCCUCCCAGCGUGUCAUAGAGACACUGAAAAUCCUCUUUAACAUCACCUACAGCAGCCACAGACAGGAGCCCAGCGAGGAUAACGCAGCUCUUUACCGACACCUGGUGGCCAUCCUGCGUCUCUGCCUGAUGAGGAAGUGCACGCUGUCACAGGACACUGAUGAGCUGCAGAGUCACACAGUGAACCUGUUGUCAGCGCUGCCCCUCCAGUGUCUCGACGUGUUGCUGGUGGUUCCUCAGGAGCCGGACUCGGAGCAGUGCCUGGGGGUCAACAUGGACUGUGUGCACAUCCUGCUGACAUUCAUGGAGAGACGCCUCGAGUCGGGUGAUAAAAUCAAAGAGAAGCUGACACCGAUCCUCAAUCUGCUGACAGAGAGCUGCAGGGCCCACAGAGAAACACGCCACUACAUCAGGAAACAUAUCCUGCCUCCUCUGACGGACGUAUCACACCGGCCAGAGGAAGGCUCCACGGUGAAGAAUCGUCUGAUCCGUCUCAUGACUCACCUGGAUACAGACGUCAAACACUGUGCUGCCGACUUCCUCUUCGUCCUCUGCAAGGAAAACGUGAGGCGUUUUGUCAAGUACACAGGUUACGGCAACGCAGCGGGCCUGCUGGCCACCAGGGGUCUGCUGUGCGGCCAGGGGCCCAGAAGGUCCAGCUCUGCCGGCCGCUAUUCCAGCGACUCCGACUCUGACACCGAGGAGUACCGGCAGGUCAAAGAUCGCAUCAACCCUGUGACGGGCCGGGUGGAGGUGGAGCAUUCGAACCCCAUGGAGGGCAUGACGGAGGAGGAGAAGGAGGAGGAGGCCAAGACGCUGAUCAUGCUCUUCAACAAGCUGUCCAGAGGUAACAUCAUCCAGACAAUGGGAGUGGACUCGGAGGGGAAGCUGGUCCCACUGUCCGGCCUGAGGGAGAAUUCGCUCACUGAGGAGAUGAGGUCUGAGUCAGAGAAUGACGGAGAGGCAGAGGAAGGAGAGAAGAACUGAAACAUGUCAAAUUCCCUCAUUCUAAUUAUUUUCGGUAAAUAUUCCGUUUCCUCAGUUUGAUAUGAAAGUAAAGGGUUUAGGGAACUGCAUUCAAGAAAGGAUGUAAAAAUCUAUUUUUGAUUUUAUUUAUUUGAGUUAAUAAGAAUUUAGAGCCGUUUUUAAGGUCACAGUGGUUUGAGUCAAGAAUUGUAUUCUGAAUUGACAGUAGGUCAUGAUAACAUGAUGAAAAUAUAUAAUAUUUUAAUAAAGUCUUGAAAUCGUA